AUGGAUCUCACAUAUGCAAUCAUGGGUGGCGAAGCACCACACCUUGGCCCAGAUAUUUGGCUUCAACUUGCUGAUAGCGAGGCAUGGUGGACAGGCAUCAGUGACGAUCACGCCUUCGUCGAUAUUAUGGCAUUACUCGCGCAAUUAGCACAACUCGGUCAUGAUGCGCGCAUGACUGGCAUUUCAGUCCCGAUUCGAGAACUGCUAGAAAUUCAGCUUACACUUGGAAGGACAGAAUCUCGUCUUAAGAACCUGACAAUGCCAUCUUUACCAAGUGAUGGCUGCCAGUCUAUCGAUGCCCUCACCGUCUUCUGCUCAGCAUAUCGAGCUAGCGCUCGAAUAUACAUGUAUCGCGCCCUCUGCAAUCUCGAAAUCUCCGAUGUGCUAGUCCAAGAAAGUGUACAAGAGGGCAUAGAUGCACUCCAACAGGGACCGGAAAUUGGCAAACUUGCACAUUGCUUGCUGUUUCCAUGUCUGAUGAUCGGUACCCACUGUAUUGAUUCUGAGGCUCAGCAGACUGUCCUCAGCUCCUUGGAGAUUGCUGGCGAGUAUCUUUCUUUCGGAUCUGUCAAGGUCAUGGAACGAUUCUUGAAGGAUAUCUGGUUGGCUGGCGAUCUCAGUACGGACUUUUGGACGAUGAUGCAACCAGUGUCUGGCAAGGCGUUCAUGUUUUGA